ACUGGAGGACAGAAACUCUUCUGGUUCGGGGCAGCAGCCGCCUCUCUUCCUACAGCCGUCAUGGCCACCUACAAAAUCCGCGUGGCCACGGGCGACUACCUGUGUGGGGGGACCAUGGACUCCGUUGCCAUCACUUUGGUGGGAAUUCGGGGGGAAAGUCCCAAGUUCCGGUUGGAUAGACCCGGCAAGGAUUUUUCGCCUGGGGAGGUAGAUGAAUAUGUGGUUCAAACUGAGCACCACCUGGGAUCCAUCCUGCUCAUCCGGCUGCACAAGGAACGCUACAGCAUCUUCCCACACACCAACUGGAACUGCAGCUUCGUAGAAGUGCUAGGACCCAGGGAAGAAGUUUACCGUUUCCCCUGCUACCAAUGGAUUGUGGGAUACACAACCCUGGAGCUCAGAGAAGGAACAGCCAAAACCAUCCGCGAGGAUGCCAACAACCAGCUGCUUCUACGGCACCGGAAAGAGGAGCUCAGGGCCAAGCGGCAGGCCUACAGAUAUAAAGAAUUCCAGCCAGGCUGGCCGAAGUGUUUGGACGUGGACACUGUCGAUCAACUAAACCUCAAUGACCAAUAUUCCAGCACAAAGACCAGCACCUUAGAGGUGAAUUUGGCAGCCGGACAAGUUGAGCUGAAACUGAAAGGGCUGCUGGACUGCAAGAAGUCUUGGAACAAACUCGAUGACGUCCGAAGAGCCUUUUGGUUCUACCGAUCGCCUGCAUCAGAAUAUGUCAGCAGGCACUGGGAUGAAGAUGCUUUCUUUGGCUACCAGUACCUCAAUGGAGUCAACCCAGUAUUCAUCCGGAAGUGCACGGAGAUUCCAGCCAAGUUCCCCGUCACUCAGGAGAUGGUAGCAAAGUCCUUAGAGAAGCACACAACCCUCGACAAAGAACUGGAGAAAGGCAACCUGUUCCUUAUCGACUGCCAGAUUCUGGAAGGCACCCCAGCCACGAAACUGAACGGACGCCGUCAGCACAUUGCCGCCCCCAUCUGCCUCUUGCGUCUCAAUCCUUGGGGGGAACUUGUCCCUAUCGCCAUCCAGCUGACUCAGCAACCCGGACCGGAGAGCCCCAUCUUCUUACCCAGCGACUCCGAGUGGGACUGGGGCCUGGCGAAGUUUUGGGUGCGGAACGCCACCUUCCACAUCCAUGAGGUCCUCACCCACUUGCUUUACACGCACCUGAUGGCCGAAGUCUUCACGUUGGCCACCAUCCGACACCUGCCCAUGUGCCAUCCCCUGUACAAGCUGUUGAUCCCGCAUACCCGAUACACGCUCCACAUCAACGUUCUUGGCAGAGUUCGUCUCUUCGGCCCCGGGGGGCUGAUUGAUGAGGCCACUGCCACGGGCUUCCACGGCCUGUCCUAUCUGCUGGCCAAGGGCCUUUCCACCUUAACCUAUUCCACCCUUUGCCUCCCUGAUGACCUCAGGGACAGGGGGGUCGAAUCCCUGCCCAACUACUACUACAAGGAGGACGGCAUGAAGCUCUGGGAAGCGAUCCACAGCUUCGUGUCUGGAAUCGUCUGUCUUUAUUACCCGGAUGAUAUUUCUGUGAGGGAAGAUCCAGAGCUUCAGGCCUGGGUGGCGGAGAUUUUUGACAAAGGCCCUCUUGGGAGAGAGUCCUCUGGCUUCCCUUCACGUCUGGAGACUAUCGGUGAGUUAACCAAGUUUCUCACCAUGGUGAUUUUCACGGGCUCUAUCCGCCACGCCAGCGUCAACAAUGGCCAGUUUGACUUUGGAGCCUGGAUGCCCAACUACCCGUCGUCCAUGAGAAAGCCACCACCUAAAACCAAGGGUAGCGCAUCUUUUGGGAGCAUCCUAGAGACCUUGCCAGAUGUUAGCACAACCUGUCGAUCGUUGCUAAUCCUUUGGCUACUCAGCAAAGAACCCGGAGACAGGAAUCCCCUGGGUUGCUAUCCUGCUGAACAUUUCACAGAAGAAAAACCAAAGCGGGUCAUUGCAGCUUUUCAGAAACGCCUGGCCCAGAUCUCCAAAGAAAUUGACGAGAGGAACCGGCAAUUGCCCCUCCCAUAUAACUACCUCAACCCACCAGAAAUUGAGAACAGCACAUCCAUAUAAUUAUGUAGACUUCGAGCCUGCUCCAUAAAGAGGCUCCU